CGCGGGGAGGAAGCUCAGCCACUUCUGCGCUCGCGACCAUCCGAAAAGACGUUGCGCAAAGUGAAGAGGGCGAGAAGAAGAGAAGCUCGUGUUUGACGCGUUUUACGGCUCCUCUGGUUCUGCGGAUUCGGUAAAUUGGCAGCAAAAUGUUGUCAAAGACGCUGCUGCUGCUUCUGGUUUGUGCGUGUUCUUCCACAUGCGCAAAGAAAAACGGCACUUUGGAGCCGAGGACAUUUGUCCUUUGGGACAACUCCGUCACAAACGAGCCCAUAGAUUACCAGGACCCGUCCCACGACCCUGACGCAUCGAACCCUGUGGCUUCUCCGACCCGCAACGCGUCCGGCACCGGCGGCGCCUACAUCUCCCCGGAGGCCGUGCUGUUCCUCUCCGGCCCCGUCUCCACCGUCCUCAUCCCCUCCUUCUACCUGCUGGUCUGCGCCGUCAGCGUCCCCAUCAACGCGUGCGCCAUCGUGGCCUUCGCGCUGAGGAUCUGCCCCAAGAAGCCGGCGGCCAUUUUCAUGCUGAACCUGGCCUGCGCCGACCUGCUCUUCGCUCUGCUGCUGCCCUUCAAGAUCGCCUACCACCUGCUGGGCAACGACUGGCGAUUCGGGCCCGCCAUGUGCCGCGUGGUCACCGCGGCCUUCUACUGUAACAUGUACUGCUCGGUCCUGCUCGUCGCCUGCAUCAGCGUGGACCGGCUGCUGGCUGUGGUCUACCCCAUCAUGUCUCUGACCUGGAGGACGAGGCGGAACUCCGUCGCGGCCUGCGCCGCCGCGUGGACGCUGUCGCUCGCCGGCUCGGCGCCGCUGGUGGUGUCCGAGCAGACGGUCUACGUGGAGCAGAUGGACGUCACCACCUGCCAUGACGUGCAGCCGGAGCGGGUGAUGUGGCAGCACAAGGUCUACUUCAUCGCCCUGUGCUGCCUCCUCUUCCUCCUGCCCCUGCUCGUCACGCUGGCGUCGUACGCGCGGGUGAUCUGGGCGCUCACCAACGUCCCGUUCAAGUCCCCGAGGAGUUCGCGCUCGCGAGCAAGAGCACUGGUGAUGACUUUGACCGUGCUGGUGAUGUUUGUGCUGUGUUUCGCCCCCACUAACGGCCUGCUGCUGGCUCACUACCUGCAGCUGGACGAGCGCAGCCGCGAGACGCCCGAUGGCUCGUACGCGGCCUACCUGGUGUUCGUGUGUCUGGGGAGCCUGAACUGCGUCCUGGACCCGCUGGUCUACUACUUCGGCUCAACCCAGUGCCAGAAGCAAAUGUCCAGGGCGCUGGCGUGCAGGAAGACGAAGGCAGGCGGCGGCAUCAGCCAGACAUCCUCGGACUCGUGCAGGUCCAGCACCAGGAAAAUGCUGAAGAGCAGCCGCACGGAGACGUCCCGGAUCAGCGACUCACUGGCCAAACCGGACACGUUCCAAGAAAACCUCAGCAGCCAAUACAAGAAGCUGCUGGUCCGAUAGACGCCGUCACUCAGAGACUCGAUAAAGAGGCCAGUUAUCAACGUGAAGGGAUGUGUAUUUUGGACAAUUCAGCAACAUUUCAUUCAACACAAGGCUUUUAUCUUUGCACUGUAUGUUUUUAGAUUUUACAUUUAAAGUAACUGUUUAUCGACUUUCUCUGUAAAUAUUUAUUUCAUGUGUCUUGUCAAAUGCUUAUUUUUUUUAACCUGUGAUGAAGUAUUAUUCCUUGUAUGCUUUUCUGACAGUAUAUAAAACAUGUUUUAAUAAAAGUGUUUCACUCCUG